AUGCUUCCUCAAAAUCACACUACUGGAUUGGAAUUUGUUCUCCUGGGACUGUCAUCAGAGCCAGAGCUGCAGGUCAUCCUCUUUGUGGUCUUCCUGUUGAUCUACCUCGUCACUCUGGUAGGGAACCUGGGGCUGAUCCUUCUAAUCAAGACCGACUCCCUACUACACACUCCCAUGUACUUUUUCGUCAGCCAUCUCUCCUUGGUCGAUCUGUGUUAUUCUACCAAUCUCUCCCCUCAGAUGCUGGUGCAUUUCUUAUCAGAGAAGAAGACCAUUUCUGCUGCUGGAUGCUUUAUACAGUGCCUAGUUUUCAUUGGCCUUGUGAUUACCGAGUUUUAUAUCCUGGCUGCAAUGGCUAUCGAUCGGUUUGUGGCUAUCUGUUACCCUCUACAAUACGGCAGGAAGAUGUCCAAGAAUGCCUGCCUUUUCCUGGUCGCUGUUCCCUAUACCUUCGGCCUCCUGAAUGGCCUUUCCCAGACAGUACUGACCUUCCACUUAUCUUUCUGUAGCUCCAGGACAAUCAAUCAUUUCUACUGUGCUGAUCCACCCCUCAUCGUGCUGUCCUGCUCAGAUACCUCUAUCAAAGAAAUGGCAAUGUUUAUAGUUGCUGGCUUCACUCUAUCUAGCUCCCUCCUAAUAAUUCUCACAUCGUACAUUUUUAUUCUUGCUGCCAUCUUGCGGAUCCGUUCUGCCGAAGGAAGGCGCCGAGCCUUCUCCACCUGUGGCUCCCACGUGACAGCUGUCGUUGUAUUUUAUGGGACGCUUUUUGGUAUGUAUCUAAGGCGGCCUUCGAAGCAGUCUCUAGAGGAGUCAAAAAUCACGGCUGUCUUUUAUUCCUUUGUGAGUCCCAUGUUAAACCCCUUGAUCUACAGCCUGAGGAACAAGGAUGUGAUCAGUGCCCUGAAGAAAGUAACCAGGAGAAAAUUGCUUAAUCAUAUGGCAGGCUCUAUGUCUGCCAUUUUCUAAUAAUUCAGGAAUGCAAGAGCAAAAAAAUAAAACUUGU